AUGCACCGGAAACCAGGUUUGGUGUUUCCAGUUGAUAUUGGUGAAAUCAACCAAGUAAGCUCUGUUUGGUAUGUUUUGGUGAAAGUAACCAGACAGCUGAGUUCUGAGGCUAUGCAGCACAUCCAAAGAACUAGAUUGGGAAUGCUAUAUGAUGCAGCCUCCCAUAUCAGCAUGAGUGUUUGUAGUGCUGUUUGUUGCUUGAUGGUAUUUGUUGGUGUCUGGACUGCAGUAAGGUUAUCACCUGCAGAUGAGGGAGGUACUGGACUGCAGGUGUUAUACACUGCCUUCAGACCUGCACAGGAGAUCGGGUCGGUGCAGGAAGAUCUGAGAUGA